AUGAGGUGCAGACAAUGGUGUAUGUUCGUGCUCAUAUCGCUGGUGCAGUUCAGUGUGUACCUUCAUCUAAUACCAGUGGUGGGUGCAAUAGUGGGUGGCGAAAGUGCGAUCGACGGUGAAUACCCUCAUAUGGCCGCACUUGGGCGGUCCUGUCUCUAUCCUGACGGUGGCGGAUGUGUCGGUGGAUACGAAUGGUUCUGCGGUGGUUCGUUGAUAUCGGAGCGCUUCGUCCUGACGGCGGCCCAUUGCGCUCACGUCGGCAUGUCGAAUCCCCCGUCGGUGAUUCAACUCGGAGCUAACGAUCUGCUCAACCCGGCCCUGAUCGUUGCUGUGCGGGCGAUUGUACUGCAUCCGGGAUAUGGUGGCAUACUGUCGUACAACGAUAUCGGUUUGAUAGAGCUGGCAUCGCCUGUAACCACCAUACAGCCAGCCUACCUGUGGCCGAGUGAGACGCUUCCGGAGAAUGUACCGCUGGUCGCUACUGGGUGGGGAAAACUUGGCCACUUUGAAGAAACAUCGAUGACUUUGCAACGUGUGCAGAUACCGGUCGUGCCAAACAAGCAGUGCAACCAGCUGCUGUACCGCAACCGACGCCUCCGUCAAGGUGUGCUACCGACCCAACUGUGCGCCGGAGAUCCACACGGUGGCAAGGAUACGUGCGAGGGCGACUCGGGUGGACCGCUGCAGAUGAAGCUUCCGCUCGCUGGUGCGAGUGGAAAAGCUUACCGCUACUAUAUCGUCGGAAUCACGUCGAACGGUGGCAUCUGCGGUACGGUUAAUCGGCCAGGACUGUACACGCGCGUUUCGUCCUACAUCGGUUGGAUCGAACAGGUGUUGCAGAUCACGCCGGACCACUAG